AAUAGUACAUAGAAGACAAACGUUUCCAUAAACUGCGUUACCAACUCCAGUCAUCAGAUGGCGAUGUGUGGGUCUUUCAUGCGACGCUGCCAGUGUGACGUAUAAUCUAGUGGACGGGACGCUUCUUAAACAACAACACGGCUCAAUGGAUUCAACCCCCUAGGUAGCUUGCUAGCAAAGAUACAACAUAAACAUUUAAGCUCUUCAGACUGUUUCGAUUAGACGUAUCUAGUAGUUACCACUCAUUGAUUUGUAAUAUUUACGUUGUUGUUAGUCAGCUAGCUAGUAAUGUGAAUCUAGCACCAGACAACUCGCUAAUGCUAACUAGCUAGCUAGCAAGCAUCCCCGACUAUGAGCUCACUAAGUUACUCUCCUCCUGCUAAAGAAGAGGAGGUCUGCUGGACGGAGAAAGAAACUCUGGGUUUGAACAUUGUCGUGAAAGAGGAGAAGGAAGAGGAGGCUGUCACAACACAAAAACAAGUAGAGGGUGAGGCUGUUAUAGUGAAAGAAGAAGAGAAAGACGUUUCAGUGAAAGAAGAGGAAGACGAGUUCAGAGUGAAAGAGGAGGAGGAUGUUACAGUAAAAAAAGAGGAGGGAGAGAUUACUGUCACAUUGAAAGAAGAAGAAGAAGAGGAGGAGGAAGAAGAAGAAGAGGUUGGAGAUCUGAUGAACAUCAGAGAGAGACCAGACUCUCACUUUGACAGCGGGAAGAGUCCUUCGGGGGAAUCAGACCCAGAGAAGAGUCCUUCAGGAGAAUCAGACUCAGAGACAUCCAAACCAGCAGGACGACACCAAUGUUCCCAGUGUAAUAAGAGUUUUACCAAGUUAGGGAACCUAAAACAGCAUGAGACCACACACACUGGAGAAAAGCCUUUCCAAUGUUCCCAGUGUGGAAAGAGAUUUACCCAGUUAAGGUCCCUGAAAAUGCAUGAGAGAAUACACACAGGGGAGAAGCCUUACCACUGCUCUCAAUGUGGAAUGACUUUUACCUGGUUAGCAAGCCUGAGAACACAUGAGCGAAUACACACAGGAGAGAAGCCUUACCACUGUUCCCACUGUGGAAAGACAUUUUUACGAUCACAGGACCUUAAAUCACACGAGAGAACGCACACAGGAGAAAAGCCUUACCACUGCUCCCAAUGUGGAAUGACUUUUACCUGGUCAGCGAGCCUGAAAACGCACGAGAGGACACACUCAAGAGAAAAGACCUACCCCUGUUCUUAUUGUAGAAAGACAUUUUCCCGGUCAGAGGAUCUGAAAUCACAUGAGAGAAUAGAGAGGCUGUGUUCUGACCUAUGUUUUUGACUGAGAAUUUGUGUUUUUGUUUAUGCCACACAAAAUCUGUUUUAAAUUAAAGCUUCCUCAAAAAUA